AUGUCCACGAAUACUACGCCAUCGUCUUCUUCAUCCACAAUGAUGCGGGUGUCCAUCCGCAUGAUCACGGAGGAAACGUUCUCAAUUGAGGUUUCGCGCCAGGGCACGGUCGCUGACCUGAAGGAGGCAAUUUCGCGCGCUCGGGGCAUGUCGCCUGCAACACAGCGUUUGCUGUUUCAAGGCCGUUCUCUUGUCGACUCGCAGACGCUGGCGGAUGCUGGCGUCUCUGACGGCAGCACAGUGCACCUGGUGCAACGCGCGCCACCAUCUGACGACACGGGCAACUCGGAUGGCGCGGAUGCAACGCCACCGGCAGCUCAUGCCGCCCCACCAAACACCCAAUCCUGGACGGUUGGCCCAACGUCCACAUUCCAAGUGCCUGGUUUCGGCCCCGGCAUGGCGUUUACGCUCGGCGGAGACCAGGUUGUGGACAUUGACCCUGCAACGGGCGCGCCGUCACAGGAGCAGAUGAGCGAAAUCCAGCGGCAGUCGCCCGCACCAGGGCAGCAGCCACAACAGCCACAGCAACAGCAACCGCAGCAACAGCAACCGCAGCAACAACAGCAGCAGCAAGCGCAAGAGCAGAGUCAGCAGGAACAGGGGCAGGGUCAACAACGGGACCGCGCACAGCAUCCGGCAUCCCAGUUCUCCCUUGAUGCCGCACUCGAAGAGGUGGAACUUCGUCUGCAGGAUUUGCUGCACGAUUUGCCGGCCAUUCCCCGCUUCUCCGCCAUGCUCGAGUCUCAGCUUGACGAGCUGCCGCGCCAGAUCAUCAACUGCCGCCGGACCAACCCAGACUUCAACGCCGAUGGUGAUGGUGAUGGUGAUGGUGAUGGUGAUGGUGAUGGGGCCGCGAAUGGCAUGGACACUGCCGAGGAUAGCGCAACGGCGAACGCGGAGGUCAGUGUUGGCGGCAGCGUGGCAAAGGGGGACAAGGGAAGCAGCAGCAGCGGUGGGGUUGAAGACGCACAGAAGAACACGAAGGAGGGCGUCUCGAAGACAGCCCGCGUCCCUGGUGACACCCAAGACGGCGAUGGCAAUGAUGACGAUGAUGACGACGAGGAGAAUGCGAGUGUGGGCGGCGGUGCUGGUGAGCAGGUGGAGGAGAUCCACUGCGAGGGCCCCUCGCACGAGCCAUCUGCACAGGUGGCAAAGAAGAAGAAGGUCAGCGAGUCCACGCCCAGCGCGCAUUCCGUGUCAACAGCGCCGUCGUCAUUGCCGUCCCCUGCAACAGCAACAGCAACAGCAACAGACGCUGAGCAACAGCACGCUGCUGCUACUGACGGUAGCGGUGAUGGUGAUCGUGCUGGUCAAGAGGUCGAAGAUGAGGCGACGGUGCGUGCACGGGAAGCAGCCGACUUUAACUUCCGCGUCACGCUGAGAGACCUCAUCUCCUCCCUCCGUCGCCUCCCAUCUGUCAUGCUCCAGUUUGUGCGGGCUGGACGGCAGCGGCCCGAAAAUCUCUCGCCACUGCUGCACAUCCUGGAGCACUUGGAGGACCUGCAGAUGGACAUGGCUUCGGCGCAUCAGUCCAUUGUGAACGCCGUUCACGACUUUGAGGACGAUCAGUACUUGCAGCAACAGCAAGGCCAGCAGCCACAGCAAGGCCAGCAGCCACAGCAAGGCCAGCACCGACAACAGCCGCAACCUCAGCACCGACAACAGCCGCGGGUACAGCCGUUUGUGCAGAAUCCGCAGUUUCAGAUGCCUGGCAUGUCGCCGCUCACUGCCACUGUCCUGCAGCACCCAAGUGAACUGCUGCAGCAACCACAACCACAAUCACAACCACAACCACAGCCACAGCCACAGCCACAGUCACAGCCACAGCAGCAGCAGCCAGAGCCUGUGCAGCCGAUGGCAGAAGGGAUGCACGAUGUGCCCACGAGCAUUGACCUCACCUACCCUGUCGUGCUGAGCUCAUCUGGGGCUGAGUCUGCGGGCCAGCGGCUCCGUGUUGAGCUUGUGCAGCUUGAGGCCCAGCAGGCGCGCCUCGCCUCCCAGCGCCGCGAGCUCGCCGUCACCGCCACUGAUCUUCGCCGCCGCCGCCUGCAGCUCCUGCGCCAGGCCCGCGCCGCUACCGACCCGCAGGGGCAGGACCAGCUGUAUGCGGAGGCUGACGGACUCUUCAACGAGGAGCAGCACGUCGCUGACCGCCAGCUGGAUCUUCUCGAGCAGGGAUAUGCCCUCGAGCGGCAGUACAACGCAAAGCUUAGGGUGCGACGCUGCGCACGCUUGAGCAUGCUGCAUCGCACCGAUCAACUUCGUCUGCACCAGCAGCAGCCACAGCAGCAGCAGGUGCCCCAAGAACUGCUACCACCACAACAACGAUAA